AUGGCAGACUUUGACAUGGUUCUCAAGUUCUGGGGCCCAGUAGAGGCAGACUGCAACACCUAUGGAGGUCUGGCUCUGACUUUGUUAAUAGUUUAUACAACGAGCACCCUGGUGUGGCCCAAAUUUGCAGACAUUCCCUUGGCUGGGGAUUCUGGCAUUUCCGUCCAUGUGUGUCCCACUGUGUUGAAGAAAUUGGGAGAUCUGCUGAAGGCCAGAGGUAGCCACUCUGCUAUUCUCAAACAUCUGGCCAAAAGUCAUGCCGUUAAACACAAGAUAUCCAUCAAUAACGUCAAGGUAUUUGUAUAAGUCAUUGCUAAGGUCACGGAGGAGGAGGUCGGGCUUCAUGGCACCGGGCAAUUGGCUAUGAAAAACGUUAUGGGCAUCUUAAUGGCUGACAAUGAGGCCAAAUAUAAAAAACCUGGCUUUACAGGCUGA